AUGCGCGACAUUCGCUUGCUGAACGCGCAGACGCGAGUCUGGGCGCAGCCGGCUACGGCGCGCGGCAUCACGUUCAGCUCUUCAAAACAGCGCAACAUCAAGGGCCAGCUGCUGGUGCUCGACACCGCGUCCGUCUCGUACAGCGGCAUCAUGCCGCCUACGGUCACCUCCGUAGAGGACUGCGCGGCCGCCUGCGCGGCGCUGCCCGGCUGCAACGCGUACAACUGGUGCGGCCGCGCCGGCGGCUGCGGGGCGGGGUGCAAGGCGUACGUCAAGCGUCACCCGCCGCUGCAGGGGGACACUGAGGGCCUCGCCGAGCGCGACCGGCACCUCCCCAUGGUGGCAUUUGGGCCAUGGCGCCUGCCGAAUGACGGAGAUGGCUGCCAGGACGUCACCCCCUUCGGCGCCCCGGCGCCCGUGAGCACGGACGCGUGGGCCAGCGGCACCUGCUCCCUGAAGCGCGUGGCAGAUCCCGCAAAGCCGACAUACUACCCAGGCUCCGCGCCCGAGAUCGGGCGCGCCCUGUUCAUGCCUUGGGCGAACCGGACGCAGCGCGGCUGCGCGCUGUGCGGCAACAUCAACGAUGCCGCCCGCAGGAAGCAGUGA